AAUGUGACAAUUUCCUACCCAUCAGCAGACCAAUUGGAGAUGGGAUUUGAAAGGAUUAUUACCUGCCAACCAGCGCUAGCAGAAUGGACUGAGUACCAGGGUGUCGUCGAACGUGAAGCAGGUGAGUCCCUUGAUCGUCCCUCCACUUCUCUAAUUAUAUUUCCGUUCAUGGUAAAUUUUUCAGGCUAGACUAAUGGGGUUUAUAGUGUAAGCUGAUUUAAAAUGUUUUACACACCAAGCUUUUAUUUGCUUAGUUAAUGCCUACCUUAUCUACCUUUUUAUUGCGGCGGAUACCGACUUGUGCUUUGUGUAUCACAUUUAUCCUGUUCCUCACCACUUUCUAGGCUCUUUGAACAGUGACUUAGAAAAACCACAGAAAAAACCCUUACCAAUACAGUUGGAGCAGAGUUUUCCGGUAAUCAAUAAUAAAUUCUUCUUUAUCGAUUACCGGAACAUUAGACCAGUCUCUUAGUGAGUAGAAAUCUACGCACUGGCCCGUGGCUAAGCGGUCACCCAUCCAAGUAGCAACUACUAUCGAUGCUGUUUAACAUAUGCGAUAGCCAAUGAUACGUGGCUAUCUUUGCCGCUUCAUUGUGAAUUGAACUAUCUCCUUUAGGUAAUUAAAAUCCGAAUUCAACUUGUUUCAGAUACUUAUCGAGCUGGCAUACUGUACGUGAAGCGCAGAGAUAGCACGCCUUUGGAUGAAGAACUUUUAAUGCUCUGGAGUCGCAUCUGCCUUCAGUACGUGGACGAACUUGGACGUUUUCACCCUGUUUCAUUGAUGUGCAAAAUUUGGUCGCGCAUUUGGAACUAA